AUGGGGAUUUUAUUAAUAGGGUCUGGAAAGUCAUCGCUUUCUAAAUGGAUAUUAUCGAAUCACCUCUCUUUCAAACGGCUCUCAAUCGACUCUUUCAUAUAUGCCAAAUACGGGCUGUAUGGUGUUGAUUAUCCAGAAGAUAAAUACAACCACUAUCAAAGCGAGGCCGAGAGGGCUCUCCGAGAUGAAUUAGCGCAGCUGCUUCAACAGGGCUCUCAGGAUGCAAUCCUAGAUUUGUCUUUCGCCUUUCGAAAAUCUAGAAAUGAAUGGAAGGACCUGAUUGAAAGGUCUGGGGGACGGUGGGUGCUUGCGUAUCUUGAUGUUGGUGUUGAUGAGUUGCGCCGGCGGGUCAGGGCCAGGAACGAGUUGGCCGUCAAAGACGGCGACUCAGCCUUUUUUGUGACGAAUGAGAUCCUUGAGUUUUUUAUUGCUGGCUUUGAGAGACCGAUCGGGGAGGGUGAAGUUGUUUUACGUCUUAAUAAUGAGUUUAAUACCGGCACCGAUCUAUGA